UCUAAUAACAGCUGUUGUUAUUAGGUUAAAAAUUAGAAUUCGGCAAACAAAACCUCCUAGGGUUUGACCGGUUUCUAUCUUCUUCUCCAACUAAUUUCCUACAUAGUCAAUGGCAUCUACCAGCUCUCUGCAAGCAAUCUCUUCUGUCAAGUUAGCUGAUCGCAGCUCACCUUACCAAUCUCACAGAAUUUCAGGUUCCAAUCUCUCAUAUUCACACCUUUUUCCCUCCCAUCACCUUAACAUCUCAUCAACCCGUAAAAGUUUCUUCACCUCAACAUCCGGCUGCAAGCCUUUCGCUACCACAGCCUUUUUCUUCAACAAGUCUAAGGAGCGCACACCAGAUUAUUCCAAGCCCACAAAAGUUCAAGAACUAUACGUUUAUGAAAUCAACGAGCGAGACAGAAACAGCCCUGCGGUUUUAAAACUAAGCCAAAAACCUGUUAACUCUCUUGGUGAUCUGGUUCCUUUCACUAACAAGCUCUACUCCGGAGACCUGCAGAAAAGGUUAGGCAUCACAGCUGGACUAUGUGUGCUAAUCCAAAACGUUCCGGAGAAAGAAGGUGACCGCUAUGAAGCCAUAUACAGCUUCUACUUUGGUGACUAUGGCCAUUUAUCUGUCCAGGGACCAUAUUUAACGUAUGAUGAUACCUACUUGGCCGUGACGGAAGGUUCUGGGAUUUUUGAGGCAGCAUACGGACAGGUGAAGUUACAGCAGAUAGUUUUUCCGUUCAAGCUGUUUUAUACUUUCUACUUGAAAGGGAUACCUGAUUUGCCAGCUGAGCUUCUGGGGAAGCCAGUGGCACCAUCGCCUGCCGUCGAGCCAUGUGCGGCUGCUAAAGCUACCGAGCCUCAUGGGACGAUUCCUAACUUUACCAACUGAUGAUGAAUAGCAAGUAAUGUCCUAGCUUGAAUUAUUGAGCUAGUUUUCUGUUAUCUGCGGUUAGAUUAUCCUUUUAAAAAAAAAAAAUUUCCUUGUUUUUCAAUGUACCUCGCUUCCAGAGCAUUGUUCAAGUAUUUGGUGAGUUGCAUGCAUCUAUGAAAUUCCAAAAAUUUGUCUAAUUUUUCCGAGGACUAAAGUUAGUCUCUUAAUGACAACUUCA